AUGGCUGCCGACCAGCUGAGCUCUGACGGUCGGCGUGCCGGCGUCCUCCUACACUGGGUGACGUUUAAAGUGCGUCUCAUCAGAUCAAGAGUCACAGUCGGCGUGAUUACAGUCCAGAAAACGGAGCAGAUCCUGAAGUGGAUCUUGGAUCCGUUUUCACCGUGAGCGACGUCUCGGAGUUAAAGUUCGGAAGUUUCACAGCUGAACAACAUCUCAGUUACUCACCAGACUGAUACCACUGUACGGUUCGCAUGCCAAAACUCCACGACGACGACGAGUAAACGAGCGUGCUGUUAACGAAGGGCGGGGCGGCGUCUGUGACAUCUCGACAGAUCGGAAAGGAACCGAAUCAGAAACAGAAACAGAAGAGAGAGAGACGCUGCUCCUGUCUCAGGGAGAGGACGGACGAGACAGAAGAAACCGUUUAAAUCCGUCUGUCAGCGUCCGACAGUCAGUCCUUCAAUAA